AUGGUUGGAAUUGCAACAAUACAUCCUGUUCACCAAGUCGAGCGAGAAAUCGCCGUCGCUGAAGCCCCCGAGCUGCGCAGGGUGAUCUGGUACAAGGAUGCCGGACUGAGAAAGCUCUAUGCCCUGGUCGUUGCGUUAUUUUUUGCGUCCGCGACGACCGGUUAUGAUGGAUCGAUGUUGAAUGGCUUGCAGAUCCUCGAUGUCUGGCAGGACUACUUCGACCACCCCAAGGGGUCCAUGUUGGGUCUCUUUGGGUCCAUAUACAGUAUUGGAAGUUUGGCAGGCUUACCCUUUGCACCUUAUCUCGCUGACCGCUUCGGCCGUCGUAUCGCUAUAAUGGCAGGUUGCAUGUUCCUGUUCGUUGGAGUGGCCAUCCAGAGUGCAUCACAAAACUUCUCAAUGUUCAUUGCCGGUCGCUUCUUCGUCGGUUUCGGGAACAGCAUGUGCUCGAACUCUGCACCCCUCCUGCUCACCGAGCUCGCCCAUCCUCAGCAUCGAGGCAGGAUCACGACUGUGUAUAACCAGCUUUGGGAUAUUGGUAGCAUUGCUGCAACUUGGAUCACAUUUGGCACCUUCACAAUCCAGAACAACUGGUCGUGGCGUAUCCCUUCGAUUUUCCAGGCUUUCCCGACUCUCAUCGUUUUCUUUGCCAUCUGGGUCAUCCCAGAGUCCCCAAGAUGGUUGAUAUCCAAGGACCGCCACGUAGAGGCACUGGCCACGUUGGCCAAGUAUCACUCCAAUGGUGACGAGUCAGAUUUGACCGUGCAGUUCGAAUUCCGAGAAAUCAGAGAAACUCUGCACCUGGAGUUUCAGGCCAAAAAAUCAAGCACCUACCUCGACUUUGUCAAGACAAAGGGGAACCGGUAUCGGUUGUUGCUCGUCGUCGCUCUUGGUCUGUUCUCACAGUGGAGUGGGAACGGGUUGACUUCAUACUAUUUCUCGCUUGUGAUGAACAGUAUUGGGAUCACGGACAAGCAGGAACAAUUCAAGAUCAAUGGCUGCAAGACGAUUGUUUCGCUCGUUGUCGGCUUGAUCGCUGCAGCCGUCGUUGACAAGGUUGGAAGAAGACCGCUGUUCUUUAGUGCAACACUGGGAAUGUCCAUCUCUUUCGUGCUUUGGACAGUUUGCUCUGCGCUAUAUGACCUCCAUGACAACCUUGCCGCCGGAAAGACUGUAAUAUUCUUCAUAUUCCUACACGGAGCCUUUUACAACAUCGCCUGGUCUGGUCUGCUGGUUGGCUACACGGUUGAGAUCAUGCCGUAUAAGCUGCGUGCGAAGGGAUUGAUGUUGAUGAAUUUUUUCGUUCAGGCGGCUCUUGUGUUCAAUCAGUAUAUUAACCCCAUCGGCCUUGCGCAUCUGCAACCUCGUUGGAGAUUUUAUUCCAUCUACUGUGGAUGGCUCUUUUUUGAGCUGAUUUUCGUCGCCUUGUUCUUUGCGGAGACCCGCGGGGUCACCCUUGAAGAGGUGGCAAAGAUCUUUGACGGCCAAGAUGCUGAAGUGGCCCACAUUGACCUCCAAUCGGUCCAAGAAAAGGUUCAAGAAGUCGAGAUUUCGCAGAUUGAAAAUGUCAAGCCAGAGCAAAAGGUUUGA